AUGUCGUUCAAAUUGGUAGGCAAAUUUGAGGAAAAGAGAAAAGGUGACUUACUACCACAUGAAUCAACCCAGCAAGUGACCCCAGCCAGGAGCGAUGCUGACAGCAAGGCCCGGCUGGACCAACUGCACAGUUUCAGGAGGAGUGGAGUCCAGCACCUCUUCUUCCAAGGCAUAGUACCCAACAGGGAAACACAGCAGAAACCUGGGCUCAUCCCCAGAGGGAAGCUGAGCAUGGUGCACACCACCAUGGAGGAGAACUUCCUGGAGGGCACCUUGCAUCUCCUGAAUGAGUUUGUCUCCUGUCAGCACUGUCCCCCCAAAGAUAUCAUCUCCCACCUGAUCAGACAGGUCCUGUUGAAUGCCUAUGAAGAGGAGAUCUUGAAGGACAUGCUGCUGAUGAAGAUCCAAAUGCUCCAUCCAACCAGCACUGCCACAGUGGGAUGGGACUGGACGCUGACAAAAUUCAUCAUGGAAGACCAGGAGAAGCCCCCCAACUGGCUCCUCUUCCUGCAGUACAUGGUACAGACCCUGGAGGAUGACUUGCAGAAGAAUCUGAGGUUGCACCUGCUGCAGAAGUCAAUUGCCAAGAAAGUGCUUCCAUGUGACAUGUGCUUCAACAAUGUCAAGGAAGUGGUCAAAUGGUUGGUCUUAGCUAGUAUGGGAGUCAGGUUCUACCAGUCCCAGGAGAAGCCACAAGAAACUCCCUUCUCCUCAGCAGAAGCCAGGGCAGAGCACAGCUCAUCUACACCAAGUCUGGCCAGCAUACAAGCUCCGGCAGCUUUCUUUGCCCAAAAGAUUGUGCUCCUGCUCCAGUGGAUGUUGUCUAUCACAGUGGAAGUGGACAGAUCUCCCACCUGGAGCUCCCGUAAGAUUGCAGAUGAGAUAUUUAUACCGAAUAUCCCCCUGAGGAGCCAAAGGGAAGCUUUAUUAAACACCAUAGAGAGCCAGCUCCUGCGCUGCAGACUGCUAGAGCUGUUGUUCCAGCACAGUUGUGAUGUCCCCUCAACCUUAUCCACGCCUCUGAAGAAGACUCUGUAUUUCCUGAGUCACUGCUCUGUGCUGGUGCAUUUUGAGGACGAAAUAGCAACAUGGCAAGGGUGGGAUGAGAUGCUGCAGUACUUGAGUUUGCUGCUGAUGAGUUACCAAAGUGUAAUACAGGAGCACCUGUCGAGGUCCCUCAGUGACCAGAUGGACUUGAUGGUUCAGAAAGCCAAGCCCAGGCUCCAGGAGAGUGACAUCACCACCAACCUGGAUGUUCAGGUGAAGAUGGAGGACUUUAUCAGCCAAAUGCAGGAGGUCUUGGAGCCUUUUCCUCCACAAAUCCAGGAGAAAUUGUUCCUGCUGCAAGAGUUGUUCUCUAUUGUCACUACUGCCUGAUGGACACAACCACUGCAGCAAGGGGGUAUGUGUGUGUGUCCACAGGUACCUGGCUGCAGUGGGUUCCCUCUCGGUGUGUGAGGCGCUACAUCGCCUUAUCAUCAGGCCACACAGAUGUAUCAAUUGAUACACCAGAGAUCACCUCUUCGUCAAGUCAGAUGAGAUAUUUAUUAGACACGCCAAUUGACAUACUGAAGACCAAAGAGAUAGGACACUAAGCAUUGCUGUUAAAUCUUUUUUUUAUCGUUAAAAUGCACAAGGAUGUGGUUUUUGAGAUUGUGUGUGUGAUGGUUUGAAUGGGCAGCUGCCAGAUAUGUGUGGAUGUGUCUCUGUAUGUUUGAGUUAGUAAGAAUGUGAGUUUUUUAACUUAUUUUCUUAAAGGCUUAAUGUGCUCAAUUUUAGUUAUAUACGUAACCCUCAAAUUUAAGGUAAAUUUACAAACCCUGAUUUCCUUAGAUCUAAUAUUAUAAAUCUUGGUUUCCUCAAAUUUGACAUUAUAAUCCUUGGUUUUUUAUAAGGAUAGGUAAUUUUAAUAAAGAUUUUAAAGACAAGUUCUCAGUUUAAUAAGUGCUCAUAAUAAGGCUGUUUUAAAGUUUAAAUGCUAAGUUGUAUUGGUUUGUAUGGUUUCAGUUUUGUCUUAAUUAAUAAAAAUGGGGGAUGUGUGGGGUUAUGAGCAAGUUAAUACAGGAUGCUUGUUGCAUAAUGGUCACGGUGUAUGCUGGGAGUUGAAGUUCUGACGGAAGCUCACGGAAAGAUGACCAGUUAUAAGUUUCCCAGGAAAAAGCUUUAAAGUGGCUGGACAGGACUGCAAUGGCCCCCCCAUGUUUUGUUACUGUCCCUUUUUCAAAUAUAAAAACUUGUUCAACCCUUAAUAAAGGAUUCUCCAUUUUCCAUCA